UACUACACAGUUGAUAGAAGAGCGUAAUUAUCUUGUUGAGCAAGAAUUUAAUUUGUGCAUUGUACUGUGAUUUAUCGCAACUCAAACAAGUCAUACAUACAUACUGUUAGUCAACAAAAAUCAAUGUGAACGCAACGUUGGUAAAGCUAUGAAAAUGUAUUCGAUUUGUACCGACUUGUAAAGUGUUUCUUGUGUUACUUGCGAGAAUUUUACCAAUUGUUACAGGCAAUGGGUAAAGAACCAGUUUUUUUAAACAAUAUAUCAUAAGAUUUUUCUAUAGAAGAGCUUCCAAAGGAAAAGGAAUAAUGUUGAACAGUAUACUCAAGCAUAUUUUACACUGUUUUCUACUAUGCAUUGUUAUAAUUACUUUUGAAUUAAUUUUUGGUGGAGUUUGCUGGAACAGUGAUAAAUAUGUAGACUUAGAUCCAUGGGUUCAGUAUGGAUUUGUUGGUGCACUUACAUUAUAUCUGUUGCGAACACUUACAUUUCUUUCGUUCCCUCAAGUUUUAUUUAAUUUCAUUGGAUUGACAAUUUAUAAUGCAUUCCCAGAUAAAGUUAUCUUAAAUGGUUCACCAUUACUUGCACCAUUCAUUUGCAUUAGAGUGGUAACACGAGGAGAUUAUCCUCAGUUAGUGCAAGAAAAUGUAAUGAGAAAUUUAAAUAAAUGUUUAGAAACUGGUGUAGAAAACUUUCAAAUUGAAGUAGUAACUGAUAAACCAAUUGGGUUAUCCCAUCAUCAAAGAAUUAGAGAAGUGGUUGUUCCACCAAAUUAUUGCACAAGUAGUGGCGCUUUAUUCAAAGCACGAGCUUUGCAAUAUUGUUUAGAGAAAUCAGUGAAUGAAUUAGCAGAUAAUGAUUGGAUUGUGCAUCUUGAUGAAGAAACCCUUAUGACUGAAAAUUCUCUUCGUGGUAUAUUAAACUUUGUAUUGGAUGGAAAACAUCAAUUUGGUCAAGGAUUAAUUACAUAUGCAAAUGAAGAUGUUGUUAAUUGGAUUACUACAUUAGCAGAUAGCUUUAGAGUAGCAGAUGAUAUGGGAAAAUUAAGGCUACAAUUCACAAUGUUUCAUAAACCAUUCUUCAGUAUGAAAGGGUCUUAUGUUGUUACUCAGAUGAGUGCGGAAAGACAAGUUUCUUUUAACAAUGGAUUGGAUGGAUCUGUUGCAGAAGAUUGCUUUUUUGCAAUGAAAGCAUUUACCCAAGGUUACACGUUUAAUUUUGUGGAUGGUGAAAUGUGGGAAAAAUCACCAUUCACGUUAUGGGACUUUGUACAACAAAGAAAACGGUGGCUACAAGGUAUAUUGCUUGUUGUACAUUCCAAAGCAAUUCCAUUAAAUAAAAAAUUACUCUUAGGCAUAUCUUGUUACUCAUGGGUGACAAUGCCUUUGUCUACUUCAAAUGUCAUAUUAGCUGGACUUUAUCCCAUUACUUGUCCUGCAAUUAUAAAUUUUCUAUGCGCCUUUAUUGGUGCAGUGAAUAUUUACAUGUACAUUUUUGGUGUAGUUAAAUCAUUUUCUUUACAUCGAUUUGGCAUUGCUCGUUUUGUAUUAUGCAUAUGUGGGGCAUUAUCAACUAUUCCUUUCAAUAUAAUUUUUGAAAAUAUUGCUGUUAUAUNUAUUUAUCAAUGCAUAAUAUUGAUCUAA